UCUACUGAGAGAGAGCGUCCAUUCUCGAGCCAACCUCCUGACCCCCAGAGGAUCUCUGCUGGAUUCCCGCUAUAGUGUGGAGGGAUUUAUUGGCGAGGGAACGUUUGGCCAGGUUGUUAAGUGUCUGGACACUAAGAUGGACAGGAAGGUGGCCAUCAAGGUCACCAAGGGCGGCUUCUAUUUGCAGGAGCAGUCUCUGACAGAGAUUGAAAUUCUCCGACAGAUGCAGAUUCUGGAUCACGACCAGUGCAGCAUCGUUCAGUGGCACGGAUCAUUCGUCCACAAUAACUGGAUGUGUCUGAGUUUUGAGCUGCUGGACAUUAAUCUGGAAGACUACCUGCAGGAAGUAGCCUACAUGCCCCUGGCUGACAUCCGUCAAGUUCUACAGCAGCUGGCAACUGCACUGGUUCACCUGGAAGCCCUGGCUAUUGUCCACGGAGACAUAAAACCAGGGAACAUCAUGGUGGUGAAUCGGUGUCAGCAACCACUAAAAGUCAAACUAAUUGACUUUGGACUUGCUUGCCAUGUGGCCGACAUAGACCAAGGGUCAAUGGCCCAGAGUCUGUGGUACAGGGCUCCAGAGGUAAUUUUGGGCCUGUCCUUCAGUCAGUCUAUAGACCUGUGGUCUCUAGGAAUGACUGUGGUUGAGCUGGCUCUGGGUUGCCCCCUGUUUCCCGGGGUAGAUGAGUACGACAUCUUGAGACACAUUGUAAACACACUGGGUGGACCAAGCAUUCACCAGCUUGAUGCUGGACUGAAGAGCACCCUGUUCUUCAAUCUUCACGGCACAUGGAGACUGAAGACUCCAGAGGAGUUUUUCUCUAUGACUGGGCUCUACCGUAAAGACACACAGUGUUUUCACUCUCUGCAUGACUUGGAGCUGAUGAUGUAUGAAAAGGGCAAUGCUGAGAGGAAGGAGAUGGAGCAGUUCAUCAACCUUUUCAAAGAGCUGGUGCAGGUCAAUGAAAAUGAGCGGAUCACACCUGCUAAACUGCUCAAACACCCCUUUCUGACUGUGGAGAAUCACAAUGACAGCAGACAUGUGGCUGUUACCCAUAAGGAGCCCACCGUACCUCAGCAGCCUUCCCCAAAAACCACAACACUCCUGCCCGUCGAGGUUGUCCCUCCUUCUCCUCCAGAAGAUCUACCCUCUAAACUGGAGGAGACAGCAGUACCCGUCCAGUCUGAGGUCAAAGUUUUGACCAAGACCAGAAAGAGAUUUAGACAGGUCAGGUCAUUCGUCAGGAGCAUUAAAAAUGCUUGCGUGUCCUAAGAAAUGCCAUGAGA